CUCCCGACGCCGCGAACCCAUCCCGCGACCCACGCAUCCCUCUAGAGCAGAGCGUGCAGACGACGAUCCUCCCACCGCUGUCCCCACCCGCCCGGGCUUCUGCUGGUUUCCAGUCUGGAGCGCCCGGUGCCCGCAGUCCUGACCACGAUUCCCAAGACAUGUCAUGUGCGGGAGACUGGCGACGACUUCGCAAAGGCAUAGGCACAAGCCGGUCUUGGUGCAAGCGUCUUGCAAUUGAUCCGCACCACCAACGACUCCACCGCAGUCCCGCGGUACCGGUAGCUGUUUGGUGCAUCUGACAGGCAUCAUUGACGCAUUCGACUUGCUCAAAGAGAGAGCAUAUCUUAGCUGCCUCUGGCACAGACAGCCAGCACUAAUCUUCUACCAGCGUCUACAUCGGCAUUGUCCACCAUGACGAUGGUCCGACACUACCCUCCCCCGCUGCAUUCGCCGCUGGGCCCCUUUCAGCAGCCGCUCGCUUCUCCAAAUGGCCAGCUACCUCGAAAUGCUCCCGGUUUCAACCAGCAAAGUAUGGCUCCACAGCUUCCCCAGCAGUACGCCCAUCCGUUGUCGCGCCACAACUCGUACCAUUCGCAAGGCUCAGAUAGUGGAAGGAACACAGUCAAACCACCAGAGCAUAUGCUUCGGCGUAAGACGCCAAAUGGUAUCCUUGCAGCAGCUUAUGAUGGCACCUCGGUGGAGCAGACAGAGAAGCCACAUGCUACAAAGCAUAUCAUCCUCCCGGUCACAGCUGAGUCGGGCAUGUACAAUCUCAACCAGGACCUGCCCCUGCGAUCCCCUGGCGUACACCAGGAUGCUGCGGCCGACUGGAGUCCCAGUCUGUACUUUCAGUCAGGCUCCGGACGAGCUCUGCCCCAGAUUGAUUCAAUGCUAAAUCAGAUUCCUCCGCUGCAGAACCAUCCCCAGUUUCAGAUGUUCGGUAGCCCGUUUGGCGGCGGCCCAGAGCAGAUGAUGCAGAGCCCUCAGGGACCGACCGUAUCCAACGACCAAGGGCCAUUUGGCCCAUACUGGCACGACGGGACUUUUAUACCGUACCGUCCGGCUGCUAUGCGAGAUCCACGGUACUAUAAUCACCAUGCACCUAAUUGGUCCCACCCUCAACACAACGCAUAUAUGACCCAUGCAUACAACAACACCUUGCCCAACAUGCAGAAUAUCCAACCACAUCCUUACCAACUACAACAGCUUCAAACCCCUUAUCAGAUUCUUGGUAGAUCAGCGAACGACUACCCCGCUUCUUUCCAGCAGCCUCAUCCCAACGCCGCGUUAGACUAUCAAGACCAACCGUUACCUGUUCCUCCCAGCCAUCGCCCUCACCCGGACUACUCACUCGCAUCCAGUCACAGUACUCAUGUCGUAGACCAGUUUCCAACACCGAGUACAGCUGAGUUUGGCCCGCAAUCACUAAACGCGCUGAGUCGAGAGAAGAUCUUCGCUUGGGCACAUACUGUCUACGUGGACCUGCUCAAAUACUUACAGUCGACACGCAAGACUAGCUCACAACACUCCAAUGGCCACCAACAGCCCGUACGACCACAUAUCUAUCCUAAGCCCCCGAAACAGCCAGCGGCCAAUUUUUCUAGCGCGCCAACUAAUGCGACCAACGUGCACGCGUCUGAGGCUUCGCAGACGGCAAAGUUCGAUUUUCAUCUGCAGCAGCAGACCAAUAGAGAUACCUUCCGUAGACCGUCGCAUACCCGCUCUUCGUCUGCAUGGUCUGUCGCUGGGGUCGAUCCGAAUGUUAAUAGACAGUCAUGGUACCCGUCACAAACACAACCGUUCGCAAAUCCACAUUCCAUCCAUCCACAAGUUGCCGGGAUGGAACCGUUGCGCCCUCUUCGACGCAUGUCUGGUUCUGUUGCUGGGAUUCAUCAACUGCGGAACGAAGUGCCCCCGAGCAUGACAGCGGCUUCCGCACUGGAUGCCAUAACGAAACACUGUGAGGAAAGCAACUGGAAUUGGAUAGACGGUAUUCUUUUGGGUGGAUGUCUUGCUUACGCGCUUGGUGACUAUCAAAAAGCGCAUGGGUGGUAUAAGCACAUUCUAAAAUUAGACACAGACCAUGUCGAAGCGACGUCCAAUCUAGCAGCCACUUUCCUUGCCCUGCAUCAGAAACAAGAAGCUGAGCGGUAUUGGCGAAGAGCCGUAAAGCUACGGCCUAGUUAUUUUGAGGCAGUAGAACAUCUGCUAGGGUUGCUGUGCAGUGACCAUAGGAACAAGGAAGCAGUGCAAAUUAUUGAAGAGGUGGAGAGUUCGUUGAAGCUGGUAAAGAAAGAAGUCUUGAAGAACGUAGACGGACGAAGUGAAUGUUCAACGUCAACAUCCGAAUCGCCACGCUUAUCCGAAGUGUCAGAUCGGCCGGUGUUUGAGUACGAGACCGAGAACGACUCGAUUCCCAAGGAUCCCGAGGAAACAGCUGGGGCAGACCAGCCGGGUUUCGGUUCCAGUGGCUACGCCAUUGCUGGGUGCGACAACGGCCGUAUCCUUGCUCUGGUGCACGCGAAAGGGAACAUGUUGUAUGCUCUUGGCGAUAACGCUGGUGCGGCAAAGGCAUUCGAGAAUGCUGUGCUCAUUGGUGCAGGCUUACACAUGCAAGGUAUCGACGGUCUGAUUCAGCACAUACUGUCUGUUGUGGGCUACGAUGGUUCGGAACGUUCUCCUGGUGGCCGUCGGACUGCUCCAUCCAACGACCCGAUCCUACUUCAUCCCGAACCAGCACUUAAGACUGCGCAACUUUGCUUCCCGCCGAAUGGACAGCUGCCAGGCCUCAGGUACGUUCCUAACGAGGUUAUGGCGCGCAAAGCUGCUAUUUCAACCACAAGCAAUUCUCUCCUAUCUCUAGCCAAAAUCUUCCAGGAUGGCAUGGCGACCAAUUCACCCAAAGCUACUGCGUUCCAAAGCAAUUAUGGAGUCAGAGAGAUUCUCGCUUUGUAUUAUCUGUCACUCGCCUUGCAGCCAAGCCCAUCCACAGCAAACAAUGUGGGCAUUCUCCUGGCCAGUGUUCAACAGUCCGCUCCUUCGAAGCGUAUCCCGGUCUCAAACACCAUGCAAAAACCUACAGUCCCAGGCCUUGUCCCAGGAAGCGGGAUAGCUCUUGCGCUUGCGUACUACCACUAUGGUCUGAUGCUCGACAGUCGUCAUGCUCACCUGUAUACCAAUCUCGGCAGUCUUCUGAAGGAUAUCGGUCAGUUAGAAGCGGCGAUUCAGAUGUACGAACAGGCAGUAGCAUGCGACAAAAACUUCGACAUUGCUCUUGCCAAUCUCGCGAAUGCUGUCAAGGACAAGGGUCGCAUAAGUGACGCGAUUGUUUACUACAGGAGAGCAGUGAAGGCGAGCCCAGAUUUCGCGGAAGCUGUUUGUGGCCUUGCGAACGCCUUGAACUCGGUUUGUGGAUGGCAUGGAAGAGGUGGCAUCGCUGAGGAUCGUGGUUCUCGCGAUCGUUGGCAUGUGGACGACAAUGGCAUGCUACUCGAUGCCAGGUCUUCAGGGGCAAGGAGCGGUGGUUGGAUACACAAGGUUGUAAGCCUCGUUGAAAAACAGCUGGCCGAUGGGGAAGAUUGGGGACGUGGCAUAAUGGACGAGCUUUUCAUCCAGGACAUCCUUCGGUCGCUCACCUUGACAAACAACUCGACUCAAGAGCUACAAGAGGAACAAAGUCGCGUUCGGGGCGAACUCGUGAAAUGGCGAGGCCGCAAGUGGGAGGGAGCCCGCCUUGUGCGUCUUGUCGAGCGCGUUAUCCGGCGGCUUUCGUGGCAAUGGUACCAGGAUAAGUACAGGACUGGAAAGGAACGACCAGUCGCAAGCUACCGGCGACCUCACUUGCCGGCAGGACUGACUGUACCUGCUGCUCCAACGGUGCUCCCCUUCCAUACUUUCACUUGUCCAAUGUCGGCCAAGCAGAUCAGGCUGAUCUCCCAGCGGAACGGGCUCCGUAUCUCUUGCUCGACACUAAGGGCGCCCUGGCUUCCUCCGACCGUGUACGCUCCUCCGCCCCCGCCGACUCCCUAUUUGAAAGUCGGUUAUGUCUCGUCAGACUUCAAUAAUCACCCUCUGGCCCAUUUGAUGCAAUCAGUAUUCGGUCUCCAUAACAAGGCUCGAGUCAAGGCGUAUUGUUAUGCUACCACGGCCAGCGACAAUACAGUACAUCGCCAGCAGAUCGAGCGAGAAGCACCGGUCUUCUACGAUGCCAGCAGUUGGCCUGCCGAACGUCUCGUGAACCAGAUUAUUAAGGACGGCAUACACAUUUUGGUCAAUCUGAACGGAUAUACCCGAGGUGCAAGAAACGAAGUGUUUGCUGCCCGUCCAGCACCCAUCCAGAUGUCCUUCAUGGGCUUCGCAGGAACGCUAGGCGCUGAGUGGUGUGACUAUCUCCUUGCUGACGACACAGCUGUCCCACCCAACACUCUACGCAGCUGGCGUAGAAACAUCGAUCUGGAAGACGCACUAGUCGACGAAAACAGUGGUGGCGAAGAUGAUGACUGGAUCUAUGCUGAGAACAUCAUCUACUGUCGCGAUACCUUCUUCUGCUGUGAUCAUCGGCAGAGCGCUCCAGAUGCCCAAGAAGCGCAACUCAACUGGGAGGAUGAGCAGAAGAGGAGGUGGAGUAUGCGGAAAUCAAUUUUCCCCAACCUUCCAGACGAUGCUAUCAUCCUCGGGAACUUCAAUCAGCUGUACAAGAUCGAGCCUACGACUUUUCGCACAUGGCUCCGCAUCCUCCAGAAGGUUCCCAAAGCUAUAUUAUGGCUGCUUCGCUUUCCGGACCUCGGCGAAACCAACCUCAAGCUAACGGCGCAAGCGUGGGCAGGCUCCGAAGUCGCGAACCGCGUAAUCUUCACAGAUGUCGCACAGAAGAGUCAACACAUUGCACGUGCCCGUGUUUGCGAUUUGUUCCUCGAUACACCUGAGUGCAAUGCACACACAACAGCUGCUGAUGUUCUCUGGUCAGGCACACCGCUACUCACUCUACCGAGAUAUAACUACAAGAUGUGCUCGCGCAUGGCAGCCUCGAUUCUCAAAGGUGCCCUCCCGAAAAAUCAAGAAGGCGUUCAAGCUGCGAAGGAUCUGAUUGCAGAGAGUGACGAUGACUACGAAGACAAGGCCGUUCGAUUAGCCCGUAAUUGCAAGUAUCAAGACGGCCGCGCGACAGGCCGAUUGAGCGAGCUCCGACGCACCCUGUACGAAGCUCGGUGGAGCAGCGGUUUAUUUGACACGAAGAGAUGGGUGCGAGAUCUGGAAGAAGCCUACGACAUCGCAUGGAAAAAGUGGGAAAGAGGUGAAGGCGGCGACAUCUGGCUGAAGAAGAAGACGCAGGAGCCCAUUGCCACGGCGUGAACAACAAGAUGCACCUUCUAUCAUUAUCUGGCACACAUACAUAUCAUCUUCGGGUCGUACAUCUUGUCCUGGCCUUUGUGAUUACGCUGCAUUAUCCUCGUUUUGUAGGGAUUACCUGGUAUUUAUUAUUCGUUUGCGGAUACCCCCCUCCAUUACGCAUGGUGGACAUGGAUUUGGACAUUUGGGCAGGCAUUUUGGAUCACAUUGUACUGGCAUUGGAGGCGUUCGCGCAGUGAGAUUUAUGAGCGAAUGGAUUGGCAUAUGUAGGGGACCGGACUGAACACUGGACAUUCGUUAGGUCUGGGUCACGUGGGACAUCUUUUCGUAAUACUAUUUUUGUCAUCUGUGAAGCAUGGAAGCCUCACGCCAAUGAAC